AUGCUAACUUUUGGAGAAACAAUUGAAUUUCCUGUAUCAAACACUGAAUAUGCAAGUCCAUCACUGCCUUUGAAAAAUAUCUAUCUUCCUCAUGUCAUGUUAUUGGCCAAAAUAAAAAUGAGAAUCGGGCAUACAAUGGCCAAGCAAAUAUAUUAUAACAAUAGAAAAAAGGAUCCCUCAAAGUGGUUACCUGCUCUUCAUCUUUUUGAAGUGGCAUUGAAACUGUGCAAGAUUACAGCAGUAGAGGAACGUGAGGUCGAAGCUGAAAUCUUUUUUCAGAAAGGCAAAAUAGAACGUCAAAUACUAAUGGAAGAGAAAUCUCCAAGUGUACCACUUGAUAGUUUGCUUGAAGCUAUACAACUAAGCUUAAGAAAUGAUCAAAACUCAGGGUUGAUAAGAGAUUCCUACCUAGAAAUGGCCUUAUUAUAUUUUUAUCUGAAGAAGCCAAAGGGGAAAACAUCAGCAUCAUCAUUAACACUUAAG